AUUUUGUUGUGCUAUAUUUCAGGUUCAUUUUAUUGAUUUUGUUGAUUUUGAAAGUGUAGACUCAGAAGGGGUUUACUCAAGCAUCGUUCGUUUAGUUUUGAUUGAAAGGCAGAAAUUAGAGUAUCUGCCUAGAAACUGGACAGUUCUUGAAGAGAGAGAACCUAAGGACUGAUGUUCACUUAUGGUGAAUUGUAAAAUCUCAAGAAUUCAAGUUCCUUAGCUCAAUUUCUCGUGGUGUAAUUUGCAGUGAUGUCUUCUCACGAUUCAGUAAGCACGGUGUUCAAAUGUAUGCAAAACGGAGCCGUUGAUUUUCUCAUUAAACUUGUUCGCAGGAAUGAGCUAAGGAACUUGUGGCAGCAUGUGUGGAGAAGACAUACUAUUAGCAAGCCUCCUCAAAAUAUAACAUUGGCACAUGAUAAACUUGAUGUUGCUGAAGAAAACAAUACUGCAAGUAAUAAUUCUAGUGGUUCUGUAGCUUCCACGCAGAAAAUCGAGUGCAGUGGAAAAAAUAGUGAGACUCCAGCUCAAGAUAUGUCCCAGCUGAAGAGUUCUUCGAGUUUGAGCAAUACAGACCAGGUGAAGCACGAAAAUUCUACCAAAUAUGAAUGGGAGUCUACCGAGUAUAAUGACGAAACAGGAGAGAAAUCAGCUUUAACAGCACCUAAAGCUGCAGGGUGUGGCAAAAUUUCAACAGGUUUAAGGCUAGGUCAAAGCUAUGAAUAUAAUGAAACAGAAAACCAAGAUGAAGAAGGGUUAAGAACAGAGUUAGGCAAAGCCAAUCCUCAUGUUAAUACAAAAAUUCAUCGACGCAAUGAUGAACUAGAAGAACAUUCUGCUGGGGCUAUUGACUUGAUGGCUACUUUUGAGAAUCUUCCAAAAAGCAGUUAUGCAGAUUGUAGUUUCAACGGUGGUAACACAGCCAAGUUAGAAUAUGAUACACAAUUGGAACUUUCAUUACAAAGAGAUUAUCCUGGCAGCUCAUCUAAACCUACCACUGAGGAAAGGCAAAAAUUGAAUCAUUCAAAUGCUUCUCCAUUUUCUCGGUGAGCUCACUAUUUGAUUAUGAUUUUUUGAUUUCUUAUUGAUAGCAAAUAAACUAAACAUAUAUUUCAUAAAAAAAUUUCAUUGUGUGUUGACAAAGCAAGAAACUUUAUUUGACACAAUUGACUAAUAUAAUUGGUUUCUGUAAUUCUGCUUAUGCCUGUUCUUUACCUGUUCUUUUCUCUGUCUUGUUUAUGAUGUUAAACAUUUAUAAAUGGUUUUAAAAACCAGCUAAAUUGUAGAUAUCAUAUGAAUUAAAACAACAUGGAGAAUAAAAAUUUAAAGUCUCCGGAAUGGUAAUAUUUGUCAAACUUCUUGAGAGACAGCAGACAUAUUGGCGUGUUUAUCUAAACUAAAUUACUAAGUUAAUAUAUGAAUGAGAAUUCAAUUAUGUUUUAAUAUCUAACAUGAAUUUUUAGAUGACAUCCUAUUUAUAUUCUCUUUUAUAAUAAUAUAUUUGAUGUAGUUCAGGAUAGUUUUUCUGAUGCUGUGUAGCACAUUAGAUUCAAAUUUGAAUAACCAAAUCAUCCAAUGCAUUAAAUGAAUGAAAUGAAUAAAUGAAUGUAAUUUGACAAAUGUACAAGGUAAUAAUACCAUGGAAAUGAACUCACAAUCUGAAACGAAACAACCCACUAUUGACUAGUAUAUAUUAAUUUAAUAAACCAUAAAACUUUUAUACAACCAAUGGCCAUGAAUUUCAUUUUCUCUAUAGACCUUUCUGAAACAUGCGAGUUUGUUGGUUAGAGAUCUUAUACUGUACAAUCCCUUCUAUGGUAGUUAUACCCAAUGUGUAGAAAAAUACAUUGAAUCCUUAUAGUCACCAUCAUAUCUGAGUCUCAGCAUCAAAAUUUUAACAAGUUUCCAAAAGGCAUUAUGAUAGCCACAAUCAUGUGUAUCAAAACUCUUUGAUAUGUGACUUGCCAUAUCUCAUUUGGUGAACUAGUGUCUCAGAUUGCCCAAUCUCACUGGCAGCCUUUUUAUUCUUGUCCUUGACCAGACGAGCUUUGCACACAGCUUGUUGGAUUUGUCUUUCAUGCUCCUUGAGGAUCUCUUCAAAAUUAGCCUCUGGAGGCAGUAGGGGCCCAGAAUAGUUUAUGUGCCCAUUUUUGGGAGCAUUACCCUGCAAUCACAAAUAAAAGCAAGUCAUUACUAGAGAAUUCCAGUCAGUCACAGUGAGCAUAAAAACUAUUAAAGAAAAAAGGAACAGUCUCCGGAAUGGUAAUAAAAAUUGUUCCAUUACGUAGCGCCAAGACUUCUGGUGAUACUGUGAAUGAGAAGAUUUUCCUUAGCAGGAGAGUUUGCAAAGCUGAGAAUAAUAACUUGGCGCUAUAGCUGUGUAGGGUAGUGAAAUUUAAACAGACCGUAAUUUCCUACGAUCCACAAUUGGCAACUCCGUGGAUAAGUGAUUACAAAAGACUCGAUAGUAUUAGAAAUGAAAUCGCUAGAGAUAAAAUUGGGGUAAAUUUUAGUGUAGAAAAGGUAGCAGUUUAUUGUCUUAUGUGGUUUGAGCAUAUGGAUAGAAGAGUUGUAAAACUAUUGAGCUUCAAAUUGGCCUCAAGAACUACGAUCCACAAAAGGAUAAACAUUUCAGCGGCUCCAUCAAGUUGCCUCACAUCCCUCGCCCUAAGAUGAAGAUUUGUAUGCUUGGAGAUGCCCAACACGUUGAAGAGGUAUACAUCUUCUCCAAUUGUUGAACUAAUUUGUGAAUAUUUGAUUUCGUGCUGCAAUGUUAUAUCUCAAUUUAACGCUGCUUCAUAGUUUAUAGCCUUUAUAUGCUUUCUAAUUGUUACGAAUUUGUGAAAUUUAUUGAAAAGACACAAUGCUUCUGAAGUUAUAUAGCCCAAUUCUGUAACCAUUGUUCACAUAAUUGUUGGCACCACCUUUAGGUUCAAUAAUUCUGGUUUGUUAUUUUGUGCUUUAGUAGGAAGAGAUUUUUCAUGUAUAGACAUUAGUUGUGUUUGUGAAUGUAGGAUUAGAAAUGCAAAACAACAUCGUUGAUCCUUCUAGAGUGCACAUUAAGGAGCUGGAUUGGUUAAAAAAGUGUUUGUAAUGAGUUAUUGAACAAAGUUACUAUACUUGAAGUUACUCUAACAGUAACUUGAUCCUUCUAUUUUGAUUAUUGUUAAUCUAUUUAUGUUGUUUCUGUUGAACCUUUGGUCAGUAGUUUCUGAUAUCAAACUUUGGUUUUAUGGUAUUAAUUGCUUUGAAUUUAUGGUGUUAAUUGCUUUGGAUUAUCUAUAUUGUCGCGUGUGAACAUAAAUCUUAAUGAACUAAGUUUACGAACAAAGUUGAAAUUUGAGAAUUGAGUAGUACAUCAAGCCUCAUGGCAUGGCCAUUCACUGCAUAGUUUUAAAUUGUGCAUUUCAUAUGCUACUAGGUUUUCUUUCAUAAUAACAAUGAACAUACUCUAGCAUAAUCUGUGUCAUUUUGAUUCUGAAUAGUGUAUAAUCCGCAUUUAAAUUUGCUUUGUACUUGUAUAAGUUGUUUAAUGUUCUUUAUUUUGGCUUUUAUCUUUGGUAUUGGGAAUAUCUUUAUUGGGAAUAUUUCUUAGAUUCUUAAUCAUCUAGUGGUAUUAUUAGCAAUCUCUUAUUCUUUGUUUAGAAUUGGGGUGUUAGAUCAUAACAUGGCUUCAUCUUCAUUGCAUAGUCUCGAUAACGUCGUUUGGACGACCUCCUAACUCAAAUGCAGCUUUAGCAUAAUGUUGGCAUGAAUGAGAUUCAUACCUUGCUUCGUGCUUAUGUUGAUCACAGUUCACAAGACACAAACGAUCAUCAUGGAGUGAAAUCAAAACAUUUACUCUAUCCAGAUCUUCAAGGUGGAGUUUCCCUGAUGUAAUGGUAAGAUCAAUUUAAUGGUAAGAACGUUCAUGACUUUUGAUGGAGUUUCCCUUAUUAUACAAGUAUGAUCAAUUUUUUCUCUUCGAUGAAACUUUGGCAACUUUGAAUGCGUGAUUCACCUUGAUGGCUUAACUUUGCAGUGACACUUGAAUUAUAUGCGUCAGAAUCAGUUAUGAACUAUCUAUGAUUUAUUUGAAUUGGGUUUUGUUAGAGUAAGUAGUACUAAAUGAUUGUGUUCAAAGUGGUUAAUAAUAAUAGUAAGGUGUGAAGCUGAAUCAGAAUCAGUUAAAAUGAUGGACUAAGGGUGCAGGCCAGAAGCUGAAAUUGCUGCUCUCAGGCAUGAACUUACACAAGAAGUUGUUGCUUGGUAUAAACUAACCAUCCUAAUGUCACAAAAGGCUCUGAGUGAGAAAGGCUAUGAACUUGUUUCCGGUGGGACUGAAAAUCAUCUAGUUUUGGUGAAUAUGAAGAAAAAGGUAACCCGAUAACUACUUUGACUUUGCUUGAGAAGAUGAAGUCGGUGUACACGAAUGUAGAAGGUCUUCCUCCGAAUUGAAUUGUGGAAAGCAAUUGCUUCUCUAGGGCGUGGUAUUUUGGCCAUGGAUGAAUCCAAUGGUACAUGUGGAAAGCGGUUGGAUUCAAUUGGACUAGAGAACAACCGAAGCUAACCGUCAAGCAUGGCGUAAAAUUAUAUAUGAAGAAAGUGUUAUGACUUGGUUAAAAUAUAAUUUUUAUGUGUAUGAUUUUAUAGUACUUGAAAUAUUAUGAAUGCACAUGAUUUUGUAUACUUUUGGUUAAUAUUAAAAAUAUUUUGACUUAGUUAAAAUA